AUGGCGGCCCAGAGAUUAAAGAGCCUGCUUCUCAUGCAUGAGGGUGUGGGUUCGAAACCUGGCAAUCACGGUGACUUGGUGGGGCCUCUUGCUGGAUCACAAGGUCGGGUGUGGUCGGAACGACUGUGGACUGAACUGACCAAAAUAUUGAAUGCUGUUGGUGGCGGUGUCAGCAAGAUUACCGACAAAUGGAAAAAAUGUGAUCACGGCGCCCAAGAUCAUGCUGUCACCCAACAUUGCACAUCAUAUUAUAAACAAGCACCACCACCCCUUCCGCUCGAGCCCACUCAGACUUCGGUUCAAGGACGACAGUCUGUUACGCCAACACCGCCAGCUACACCAGCCCCGGUACCACGGCCACCCCCGCCAGCCCGAUCCCCGCCAAACCCUGGCAGCGCCCACUACUUCGAGGCGAAGGCGGCCACCUUCCAACCGCGCGUCUGCAAUUUCUCCAUCUACCAAGCGUCGUCCGCCGCAGCUGGCUCUCUCUCAGGAUACCUGGAGCUCGAGGAAGCCCGGCUAGGCUACAACACGAGCAAGAUUUGCGAGCAUUGGAGAGCACGAAUAGAAUCUAUGUUUUAUAUCUCAUUAAAAGAAGAAGAAGAUCUAAAGAUAAUAGGUAUCAACUCCCGAGCUAAGCCGGGCGUCAUAGCUAUUUACGGUGACGAAGAUGAAACUGACGCAGAAAUUGAGAACAUUGUAGAAGAAUUUCACGAUAACAAAUCUUUACCAUCCGCUUUAUAUCGCACACCGUCGACACCUGAGGUUGACAUUACACCGCAAGCAGAAGUAUCUCCUGCUAUACCGGAUGUUCGCGAAUCACACCACAUUUUUCAGUCUCAAGUGAUAACUAGUCCCAAGAUAUAUGUAUAA